AAAGAUGGCAUAUGAGUUUCAUUUCUUUAAAAGGAAAAGAUAAAAAAUGAUUCUCAGCUGGAUUAAAGAAAAACCUUCCGCGCUCUUUCUCUCUUUUUUUUCUUUUUUGUUUUCUUUCCUUCUCCCCUUUUAUAUAUAUAUAUAUAUAACUUUUAUUACCAUGAUCCGAUCUCGAUGUUUUAGGACCUAUAUCAAUCGACAUACCAUUAACAUGUCAAGACAAUACAGCACAAGUUCAAAACGUACUUUGACGGCGGAAGAAAAGAAACAAUUGGAACCCAUGAUUCGUGUGGAUCAAUCUGGAGAAGUGGGAGCUUACUAUAUUUACAAGGGACAAAUGGCAGUCCUGGGACAUGAUAAGAAGCUCAAACCAUUGUUACAAGAAAUGUGGGAUCAAGAACAAAAACAUUUGGAACUCUUCAAUGGGUUAGUGGGUGAACAUCGUGUGCGGCCUAGUCUACUCCGUCCUGUAUGGGAAAUAGCUGGUUUUGCUGUGGGUGCUGGUACUGCUCUGUUGGGAAAAGAAGCUGCUAUGGCUUGUACUGAAGCUGUCGAAACCGUAAUUGGAAAUCAUUACAAUGAUCAACUACGAGAACUCCAUGCUAUCAAAAAUCACAAUAAGGAAUUGACUUAUCUUUCAGAGACUAUUGCUACUUGUAGGGAUGAAGAAUUGGAACAUCAUGAUAUUGCUGUAGCUCACGAUGCUCAACGUGCUCCUUUUCAUUCGGCUCUUUCGGCAGUGAUUAAACAAGGAUGUAAAACUGCUAUUUGGAUUGCUGAACGUGUAUGAUCUCUCUUCUUUUGGACAUGUUAUUAUAUCUCUUCACCAUCAUCUUUUUCUUAGUUAGAACUUCACUUUUUUAUUCCUUACAUUGCAUUUGUAGUCAUCUUCAUCAACCUCUCUCUCUCUCUCUCUAUCUUUCUACUUUCCUAUUUUAAAUGAAUAGUAACAAUAAAAAAAAACAUCUAUAUAUAUAUAUUUAAA